CUGUCUCUCUCUCUCUUUCUGUGUCUCAGUUUCCUACACAUCACUUUCCAUCUUCAUCUCCAUCCUGUCUAUGCUUUCUCUCUUUCUGCUGUUUUUUUAAACACAUUUCCUCUUCUCUCCCCUUCCUAUAAACCUUAUCUUUUUAGAUAUUUUAAGGCUUUUUUGUACUUGAAAGAUUAGGGCAUUUUUGCUGUUAUCUUCUCCCCCCAACAAAAAAAAACCCAAACUCAACAGUCUUUUCCUGUUUUUAGGGGCUGUUUUUGUAUUGUGUUUCCUUCUUUCCUUCUUUCUUUCCUUGUGUUUUUUCUUUGUCUUUCUUUAAAUAAGAAAAUGCCCCGCUCAUUUUUGGUGAAGCAGCCCAAGGGUCAUGACUCCCUGCCUUCUAACUACUACCACCAGAGUCAGCAGCACUGGGAUGAUUCCUACUCUGUGACACAUGCCAUCACAGAGUCAGCUACCAACUUGGCUGUCCAUUUGAGUGAAAACGGCUAUAUCCAUGAUUACAUAAUUCCCUCGGUGCUGCAAAACACAAAGCUGUCCAAGUCCAAGGUGGCCUCUGCAGCAUUGUACUCCCAAGGAUGUGUUGGUGGCAGCAGCGGGGACGAAUUCUCUGACCAUGACAUGGAUAAUCCAGAUAGCCCAGUCUCCAGCACCUCAAUCGAAUCCGAUACGGCAGUGAGCGCCAUCGACUCCUUCUUCAUCUCUGAUGGACGCUCCAGCCGGAGACCCGACCGGGCAUGUCAAUCAGACAGCAGCAAGGCUAAAAGGUUAGCCGGUCACAGACCAAAAUCCAAAACCCAAGGUCGUCACGUAUGCAGUGAGUGUGGCAAGUCUUACGCAACGUCAUCUAAUCUGAGCAGACACAAGCAGACUCAUCGGAGCCUGGACAGCCAGCAAGCCAGGAAUUGUCCCACCUGCCACAAGCUGUACGUAUCAAUGCCCGCGUUAUCCAUGCACAUGCUGACCCACGACUUGAAGCACGGUUGCACGGUGUGUGGUAAAGCUUUCAGUCGGCCUUGGCUCCUGCAGGGCCACAUGCGGUCCCACACCGGCGAGAAACCGUUCGCCUGCGCCCACUGUGGGAAAGCCUUCGCUGACCGCUCCAACCUGCGCGCCCACAUGCAGACGCAUUCGGCAUUCAAGCACUAUUCCUGUAAACGCUGCCACAAAAGCUUUGCGCUCAAGUCUUACUUGAGCAAACACUACGAGUCAGCAUGCUUCAAAGGGCACCAAGCAGAUGACGGGUGCGGCUCAGAGGACUGACUGACUUGAUUCUUUCGAUUAAAUAAUCUCUGCAUCUCAGCCUUAUCGCAUGCAUGCACCCUUAAUCCUUACCUUUUGAUCCAUGCAAUAACAUUUGAAUAACCACUCAAACUAUUCAAGAAUUCUAUGUGAAGAUAAACUCAUAAUUUUCUCUUUUCAUGGAUUAUACUUAAUUGGUACCCUUAUUUAUUUUAAUUUAAUUUCAUCAGACAGUAAGUUCACAGCAAACAUUUUUUUUUUGAAGAAUGACUUUGUUCUGUGUGGGCGGCACAGCUGCCAAAUGGUUAGCAGGUCCGCUUCAAACAUCUGAGGUGUGGGGUUACUCCAUCUUUCUUCCGCAUUCCAAAACAUACUUCUUAAAUCAUCUGAAGACUCUAAAAUGGCCCUGAGUUGGGAAUGGUUGUUUGUGUAUACUCACUGUAUGUUCCCUUGCCCUAUGAUUGGCUGCUGAACAGUCCGGGGUCUGCACCGCCUCUUGACCAAAGUCAGCUGGAGUAGGCUCCAGCUCACCAGCAGCAACAACCCUACUGAGUGAGGAUACAGAAAACGGAUGGAUUCAUUUCUUCAACUAUUUAUUUGUAUUUAUUUCUGGACAGGUUUUCCAAGCCGUGAACUGUUUUGUUAAGAACAAAACACAAAACAUCCGCUGCUGUAUUAUAUUUAUUCUGUCUGAUUAGAUCGGUGAAGACAAUAAAGUUCAUCAAAUGUAAUACUUCAUAAAAAAUCCUUUUUGUUUGUCCAAUGAUGCAAAAAAUAAACAAAGGAGCACACCCAGCUUGGUUUAAAACAUGUUGAUAUUUAAAGUUUGUAAAGGUGAGACAACUCAACUCAAGUGUAUUUAUAGAGCACUUUAAAACAAUCACCCUUGUAUACACA